AUGCAUCCCAGAAUUUUCCUUAAUGUAUGCUUCCUGCUGGCGCUAGGACACGAAAUCAGAGCCAGCUGGGAAGAAUGGUGGACAUACGAUGGCAUUUCAGGACCCGCUUUCUGGGGGCUGAUCAACCCACAGUGGAAUAUGUGCAAUAAGGGUCGCCGUCAGUCACCAAUCAACGUAGAACCCGAGAAGCUACUGUUCGAUCCAUAUCUUCGGUCGCUGCACAUCGACAAACACAAGAUCUCAGGCACGCUGCACAACACCGGCCAAUCACUGGUGUUCCGAGUGGAGAAAGACACCAAGCAGCACGUGAACAUCUCCAGCGGUCCGCUCGCCUACCGGUACCAGUUCGAAGAGAUCUACUUCCACUACGGCACUGACAACAACCAAGGCUCCGAGCACCACAUCCACGGUUACAGCUUCCCUGGCGAGAUCCAGCUGUACGGCUUCAACAAGGAACUGUACCAUAACAUGUCCGAGGCGCAACACAAGGCCCAGGGCAUCGUCGGCAUUUCGCUAAUGCUGCAGAUCGGCGAUACGCCUAAUCCGGAGCUGCGGAUAAUUACCAGCGCCUUCAAUAAAGUCCUGUAUAAAGGAUCUUCCACACCGAUUCGGCACAUCUCGCUGCGAUCGCUGCUACCGAACACCGAGCAGUACAUGACGUACGAGGGCUCGACCACGCAUCCCGGUUGCUGGGAGAGCACGGUCUGGAUUAUCCUCAAUAAGCCCAUCUACAUCACCAAGCAGGAGCUGUACGCACUCCGGAAGCUGAUGCAGGGCUCAGAGCAAACACCUAAAGCGCCGCUGGGCAACAACGCUCGCCCGCUUCAGGCGUUGCAUCACCGCACCGUUCGGACCAACAUCGAUUUCGCCAACACAGGAGCGAGCAAGACGCAAAGCUGCCCCACGAUGUAUAAGGACAUGUACUACAAGGCGAACCGCUGGACGUCCGAAAUAUCGGCACGCGGUCGCGAACGAGGGCUUCCCGAUAUCGAGAGCGUGUUCCAUUCGCUUCCAUAG